GAAGCUCACAUGAGUGGCGGCCGGAGCGCAUUCACACACAAUCCAAAGGUUGAGCUGGCAGUUGGUGGCAACUGGUCUGACUUUAGGCAGCGCUCUUACACUGAGUAGUUGACGGGUUAGGGUUAUGUGUGUGUAAACUUUUCAUUCUCCCACCCAACCAACAUCCAGCCCGAGCUUAGCAAAUUUACCAAACACAACAGUCAAGACACCGAGGCCAUGCAUCGCACACGUGGUUGCGACAUGCUGUGUAAUAUACACAAACACACCUUACCUCUUCAGCUCUGCGGCCUCCCUUUUUUAUGAUUUUCGGAUCGGCAGGGGACCCGGAGGCGGAGCAGGGUCCACGGCAGCAAACCGAAGAGACCCCUCCUCCGAUCGACGUUCAACUCGGGAGUACCGGCUCACCAACAAACAGAUGACGGCCAAUUCUUGAAUGCGAGAACGGUGGAGCUUGUUCGUCUUCAAGUUCUUUUGUUUCAAAUAAACAAGCUUUUCUCCCUCAAGUGAUGAUUGGUGGCAGGUCACCCGGUUAUACUUAAUUUUAUGGCCGAGAUAUUUCAAUGGGGGCGACAGCAUUCCGACAUGCUGGUUGGCGAGCGGCCCUUUUCACCACCAACGAUUUUCUGUCGUACCACACCGUUAGCGGUCACCAAACAGGUCCCUGGAGGGCGAUCGGUUUGCUGCAGGUGUUCCUCCAAGGUCCACCGCUGCAAAUUGGGAUAACCGCAGAAACCGCCUUUGGCGGUUUCGAACCGUUGAAGAUCAGGAAUGGAGACUCAUUUGCGGAGCACCGAGUGGUGCUACCAGCCUCUUGGUCUCUUGACCUUGUUGAAAUGCAUUCCAUCCGUUCCGGUUGAUCGGUAUGGGGUUUUGUGUUUUAAAUAGGAGCACCUAACCCGGGCUGCCCUUGGUUUUAAAUAUCAGUCUAUGACCGCUCGACCGAGACUGGUCUUUUUGUUUGCCAAGUGUUGAACUCACUUGAACCUCAUUCCUUAGUUUUCCCUCGUCAACCACACUCGAGGGAUAUCACACUCCCUCUCGUCAUUCUUUCUUCCCUUGCUUUUGGUUUUCAGUUCAUUCGUUCUCUUUUUGGUUUUGCUUUGACGGCAUAGUCAUUCAUUCAUUAUGAAGUUCUGGGCUGCGGUCGCUGCGGUGUCCCUCUUGACUGCGACUGAGGCUGCUGCUGCUCCUCAGGUCCUCCAGGCGAAUCCGUCUGAUGUCAAGUCUCGCAACAUUGAGGGCCGCUCAUUCAAGCUCGCCCAGAUCAAGAAUGUACAUUUCAACCAGCACGGCAAAGGCCCCAGGGCCCUCGCUGCCGUCUACGAAAAAUACGAUAUCGAACUUCCCGAGACCCUUCUUACGGUGCUGCGCCAGAUUCUCUUGGACAUCGGCUUUGACCUGCGGGCUAGGUCAUUAAUGUCCGCCCGUACUCCCGACAACGCCACAGCACCUUAUAACAACAACACGGGGCAGGGAGAGGUGACUGCUACUCCCAUCCCCUUCGACGUCGAGUACUUGACCCCGGUGGAUAUUGGGAACCCUCCUCAGACGCUCCCCCUUUGCUUCGACACGGGAUCCUCUGAUCUGUGGGUGUUCAGCAGCAACACGCCCGUGUCUCAGCAAGGUGGACAGAAGUUGUUCCACAUCGACAACAGCACGUCGGCACAAAAGCUCCAGAACCACACUUGGUCCAUUCGUUAUGGUGACGGCAGUGGUUCAUCCGGCGAGGUCUACCUUGACACGGUCGACGUGGGGGGUAUCAAGGUGGAGAAUCAGGCGGUAGAGACCGCUAACCAGGUUUCCUCGUCCUUCACCCGCGAUGAGCAUUCCUCGGGUAUCUUGGGACUUGGCUUCCAGUCCAUCAACAUGGUCCGCCCGAACAAGCAGAAGACGUUCAUUGACAACGCCUUGAAGUCGCUGGCCAUGCCCCUUUUCACCGCUAACAUCCGCAAGGCAGCGGAGGGCAACUACAACUUCGGCUUCAUUGACGAGACCGAGUACCUCGGCAACCUCACCAUGAUCCCCGUCGACGCCGCCAGCGGCUACUGGAAGUUCAAGGGCACGGCCUUUUCCACCGGGUUCAACGGCACAAACAGCGCCAUCUCGGACAUUGUCGUUCCUCUCGAGCACCCUGCCAUUGCUGACACGGGCACCACUCUCCUUAUGAUUCCCGAGGCCAUCGUCCAGGCCUAUUACCGCCAGGUUGCGAAUGCUUACGACUCCAAAAUCUACGGCGGCUGGGUCUUCCCUUGCAACUCCACCUUGCCAGAUCUUACUCUGUACAUUAGCAGCUACAAGGCUGUGAUUCCCGGUGAACUGAUCAACUUUGCCCCGGCUGAUUUGGAUGACCCUGCUACUGCAACCAUCUGCUAUGGUGGUGUUCAGAGCUCGAGGGGCUUCCCUUUUGCCAUUUAUGGAAAUGUUUUCUUCAAGGCUCACUGGACCAUGUUUCAUGUUGAGGAGAAGAAGCUGGGGUUUGCGCCCAGGAGCGGAGAGUAGAUUUGGAGGAUGGAGAGAAGGGCGGUUUUUGGGUGUAUGUGAAGUUUUUGGGGGUAUUUCCGGCACUGUAUUACAUGAUAGAGGGGGGUUGAUCUGGACAGAACGGUCGUUGGACUGGAAUCCAAAGUUCUGUCGAGCAGAAUAAUGGGAAUGGCUUCGUUUCGUUUAGGCACCGAGCUGUGAAUUGUAUGUUACGCUCAGUUCAGAAUAGAGAGAACCGCAGAAUGAUGAAGCGCACGUUAUGGAAAAUAUGUAAAGGAAAUGACCAGUGCCACCAUCAU